UUUUACAACAAAGAUGACAGGGGAACUUCUACUGAUAUUCGUGAUGGAGUAAUUGAAAAGAGCUCACCCCGAGCUGCCAGACUGAGUCUGCACACUAACUGCUCUCUGAUCAUCAAAAACAUCACAGCUGAGGACGCUGGUCAAUACACCUGUAGAUACACAUGGGACCCUAAAGGGGACACACAGGUGUUUCUAAACAUUUUGACAAUUUCACCGUCAUCUACAGACACAGAUCCAAAUAAAGAUGGAGAAGUGACAUUAAGUUGCUCUCUGUUCAAAUAUGAGGAACCGUGUAAACUCAGGAGUCUCCGCUGGGUGGAUGAGACGGGAGCUGAGCUGGUUGGUGAAGGUGAUGGUUUCAAGUAUGAAAGACAGGCAAACUGUGUUUCUUAUCUGACUGUGAAACUUCAGACUGAACACAGCAGAAGAUACACCUGCCAGUAUGUUGAUGGAACAGGUGUGAAGAUCGAGGCUCACUACUCAACUGUGUCCUCAGUGUCACCAACUGUGUCCUCAGUGUCACCAACUGUGUCCUCAGGUCCCACCAGUGAUAAAGCCUUCAUCUUCAUCAUCGGGGGAGUGGUCGGGCUGCUGGUGUUGUUACUUGUCAUUGCAGUGAUUCUACUGAAAUGCAGAAAACAAGCCAAAGCUGCAAAAGAUGUUCCCAAACUGGCCAAUAUCCCAGAAGAGACAGAUGUGACCUAUGCCACAGUGAAUGAACAUCACACCACUGAUCAUAAAAAUGAUGAGACAGAGAUCAGUCUGACCUACGCCACUGUGAGCCUCACUAAUCAGAAGGUCCAUCAGAAGAACAAGGUCAAAGUCAAGGAAAAGGAGGAAGAAGUGACUUAUUCUACUGUCAGGACUCGGUGAAGACCAAAAUGAAAACUCCCAGAAUGCCUCGGGGUCAGACUGUCGUCACUCAUAAGAAGAAAAUCGUGUUGCACUUUUGAUGGUCAAAAAUCUGCAAAAAAAAAAAAAAUCCAUAUUUACAGACAGAAAUAGAGCAGAUGGUGUGAUAUAAGUUAAAAUGCUGAUGUAUGCUGAUCUCUUUGUGGUUUGGAUUUAGUGUUUAAUUAUUUUGUCUUUAAGUUUCUCAUCUGAACAUGUUUUAUUUCAAAUACAGCAGUUGUUUUCGUAACACCUCUGGACUAGUUACAGUAUAUUCCCGAUAUCAUAGGAACAGUGCUCAGUUCGACUGCUAGAGCAGCGAUGAGUGUGGGUUUGUUAAAGACCACAGACCAGAAAAUCAACUUACAUUUCUGUCUUAUGCUUAUGUCGAGGACAGAAAACAAAAACCACACAAACAGUUGAGGAAGAGUUGCCAGGUGUUUCACAGUCACUUUGAAAUAAAUUAAAUGUUAUUUCCCCUUCUUUUCAAGUGAUUUGGUUUCUCAAUUGAUUUUCAGAUUUAAACCUAUUAUUUGGUCAAAAAUGAUCAUUUUUCUCAUCCUAAGUGAUUGUUUUUAAUUUCAAGUUUUUGGCCACUGUAUUUUUCAGUUCAGUUCAAACUGCAAGUUUAGUUCUUUUGUUUACAUGUAUCAAGUUCAAGUUAUUUUCCUUUUUAAGUUUGACCGCUUUCAGUUUGUUUAACAAGCCAACAUUUACGUUUCAAGUAGCACUGCUACAGCGCUAUCAUGUAUGGAAUGGAAACUGGAGGAGUCUCUAUUCAGACCGAAUGGCAGGGAUUGGUCAGAGUUUUUGCAGACUGGGGCGUGGGGCGGGCAGCUGGGGGGCGCGGACGACUCAGUAAAUAAUAAGGUAAACUACUGGAAUUAAUUCAUUGUCUUCGCUUAAGAGCAACAGCUAUUGACAAAAAUUGUGAAAGUUACACCUUUUCUUCUUUCCCGUUUGUACUGCUGGCGCAGUGGCGCUGGCGCCCCCUGAUGGACGGCGCCCUUAGCAUCUGCCUAU